AUGAUUGCUAAAAUACCAAAAUUAAAAUAUUUUUGUCUUAGAUUUACUGUACCAGUAACACAUCGUAAUUUUGUAUGGAAAUUAUUACUAGGUAUAACACCAAUAUAUACUGAAAGUGAUAAAUUUAUUGCUAAACAAAGAAAAAUGGAAUUUCAUGAUUUACGUGGUGCAUUAAAUAAAACAAAAAUAGUCAAUGAAACAACAAAACCACAUCAGGUAUAUUUAACAAUGUGGUUAUUACGUACAAGAAGAGCUAAAAUUGAAAUGACAACACAAUUAGAAACACCAUUAUUUAGAUCAAUGAAUAGAAUGGCUGAAAGUUUAUGGCACAUAAUGGAAGGUGAUCAAAAUUAUGAUAAUAUGGUUGAUAUGUAUUGGAUACUUCGUGGUUUUUUAGAUCAUAUUGAAAAUUUUCAUAAUGAUAUUAGAAAACUAUUUGAAUGUACAUUUACAUUAUUAGAUAAAGAAGAUACAGAUUUAUAUAAACAUUUGCUAAAAUUAGAUGCAUUAAAUAAUAUACCAUUUGAUGAUUGGUUUUGUUCUUGUUUUGCUGGUACAAUUAGCAAUACAUCAAUACCAAAAAUUUGGGACAAAAUUGCUGUUGGAGCUUAUAAAAUUUUAAUAUAUGUUAUUUUCUAA